GCCAUCUUAGCAUAGCAGUGGUUCAUCUUCUAUGACUCCGAUACGCCAAAGUUCGCUUUUGUGGGCUUUUGUCUCUGUGUUAUUUGUUGUUGUAUUUACUGUUAAUCUAUUUAACUGCUGUCUCCUAAUUUCCAACUUCUGUCCGGGCUCUAAAAACCACAGCACGCCACGUUGUUUUUCUUCCUUUUCUCCGUAUAGCUAGGUUUCAACCACGUGACCCGGAAGCUGUAUCCGGAAUGACGUUGCAAGUUGUUGAAAUGAUUUCCUCAUAUUGUGUGAUUGGCCAUGCUGGGAUGCAUGAAGACAUGAAAACAGGGCGAUAAUAAAGUAUCUUCAGCGUCAGACAAUGAAAAUAAUACUUGUGACGUGUCCGUGACGUAUCUAUUUGCGUUCUUACAUCACAUCCGGGUAUAGACGAAUUAGUGUGGAAUGGUUCCGGGAGCAGAUAUAACUAUAUUCAUGAAUUGACUGAAAGUUGGUUCUUUAACGUUGCAACACUCCGCCACUUCACAAGGUGGCGGUAACGCACACCGAUCUCCCUUAAAUAAUAGAAGAAGAAGAAAAAAGAUGGCGAACUGAACGGCUUUACUUUUCAGGGCUUCCCGACAAAAGUUUCCAAAAUACAAUAAAGCAGUUAUUUAGAUUCACAGCAAAGACAGUAACGGAUACCUUAAUAAUUCGCCUUUUCUAAAGCCCACAAAAUGGACGUUUAGUGUAGAGCGUUGCAGUGCUAGCUAUCUGAAGACGUCACAGAAGACGAACCACUGCUAUGCUAAGAUGGCGACGUCCAGCCAAAGAGAAGGAGGAAGAGAAUCAACGCCACCAACUCCCAGAAAAUCACCAACGGAGAAAAAGCCCCAAAGUGCAGAUAACGACUUCCCGAAACUGAUCUCUCGUCAAGAAGAUAAUCCCACUUUGAAGCAAGAGAAUGCCCAGCCCCCCAACAUUAACGAGGAAGAGGAGGACCUCUCGACCACCCGGGAGGUGAGAGAGAAGGAAGAGGCUGAUCUCACCAAGUUGCCACUGACUGGUGUCUCUGUGAAGACUGAAGACCAUGAAGACAAACCACCUCGGUCCUCAUGUUGGGGGAGUCCUUCAGAUGUCCAGCAGCUGAUGGCUCAACAAGAACAAAUUCCCACUCGGCCGCAGGGGGGGGGCUGCACUCUGAAGCAAGAAGAACCACCACUCCUCUAUGUUAAAGAGGAAGAGGACGAAGUCUGGAUCACUCAGGAAGUAGACUGUCUUCCAGGGCUGGAGGAGGCUGAUCUCACCAAGUUGCCACUCACUGUUGUCUGUGUGAAGACCGAAGACCAUGACGACGAACCACCUGAGUCCUCGCAGCUUCAUCACAGUCCAAGUGAGGAGAACAGAGGCAGCAACUGUGGAGGAUCCCAAGCAGACGACCUCUUAGCUCCGCUAUCAGAUAGCGAUGACGUAACAUCACACUCUCCUGAGAAUGAAGACUGGGACCGCAACCAAGAACCUUUGAGCAGUGAUACAGACUGGGAAGGAGAUAUAGGGACUCAAACUGUCAACAAACACUCUGAAAAGGGUAAAAAAUGUAUGACCUGCUCAGUUUGUGAUAAGAGUUUUAUAUAUAAGAGUGAUUUGACGAAACACAUGAGAAGGCACACUGGAGAAAAACCUUUUAGUUGCUCUGAUUGUGCGAAAAGCUUUUUUUCUAAGAGUGAUUUGAGUCGACACAUGAUAACGCACACAGGGGAAAAACCUUUUGGUUGCUCAGUUUGCGCAAAAAGCUUUUCUCUUAAGGGGAUUCUGACUCAACACAUGCUGACUCACACGGGAGAAAAACCCUUUAGUUGCUCGGUUUGUGGAAAAAGCUUCACUUACCAGAGAGACGUGACUCAACACAUGAGAACUCACACAGGAGAAAAACCUUUUAGUUGCUCAGUUUGCGGUAAAUUAUUCUCUCAGAGGUCGAGUGUGGUAUCACACAUGAGAACCCACACUGGAGAAAAACCUUUCUGUUGCUCAGUUUGUGGUCAGAGGUUCUCCCAGAGGACAAAUUUGGUAUCCCACAUGAGAAUGCACACAGGACAGAAACCUUUUUCCUGCUCUAUUUGUGGUGAAAGUUACUAUUCCAAAUCCAGUAUUACUUACCACAUGCUGAAACACACGGGGGAUAAAGGCUUUAGUUGUUCUGUGUGUGGGAAACGCUUUCUUCAGAAAGAUUCCAUGCCAAGACACAUGAGAACGCACACAGGAGAAAAACCCUUCAGUUGCUCAGUUUGUGGCAAACAAUUCGCCAACAAAUCAAGUAUUAACUCACACAUGAAAACACACAAAGGAGGAACACCUUUUAGCUGCUCAGUUUAUAGUAAAGUUUGACAGUUGACACGCUGACACCCAACGGAGAAUAAAAAUGGUACAGUCCAGGUUGUACUAAAACGUUGAAAGUGAUGAGCUGCUUAAUCUUAAACUAACUCCUGAGUUAGUGUUCUGCUAAUAAUAAAAAAAAAUAAUGAAAUUGUGUUUGUGAUGGGACAAUGUUCAAUAAUAGUUAUGGCGAUAAUGACAUUUUUACUAUAUUUCUAUGUCGAUAUUUGUACUGUGAUUUUUUUGCAAAAAUAUACUUAAUAAGAAGAAGUCCAGGAGAACUAGUUGGGCGUUCUGUAUGUAAUUUGGUGAGGGGGGGCAAGUCAAAAUCAGAGUCAUAUAUAAUAGAACAUGAUGAAAGCGGAAUAUGUAUUUAAAGUAACAACAACUAGCUGUAUUCUUUUUCUAUAAAUAAUAAAUCAAACAUUUCCCAAUGCAGUCUACCGUGGUUAAUCUUGCAAUUAAUUAAAGUGACACGUCCCUAACACACAGGCAUGGUGCUCAUGGUAGUGGUUUGGCAAAGUUUAGCUACAAAUCUUAGCGAUCAUUGAAUGUAUAACAGCAAUCUCUCCAAAUUGUUGGCCACAGCUUUAUAUUAUAAAUAUCUUCAUACAAAUAUGAAAAUGUGAAUGUUUGCUUGUCCAUAAAUGCAUCCAGGAUUUUUAUUUUUUUUUAUUUUUAAAAAUUAGCCCCUACCACCAGUUUCAUGCAUCGUCACGAAAUUUAGUGGAGAUGUCAAUCAUGGUAGGGCGCACAAAAAAGUCUCAAGAAACCAUAUUCCAAAACAAACAGAAAGUCGUCCAUUUUGGGGUUUCUGCAAACUUGUCCAAGGGAAUUUGAAGCUCCUAUGUGGACUUUGCUAAACCUUCGUUGGCAUUAAGGUGUCACAAGAUCUUGACAAGUUUUCUUGUUAAAAAAAUUGGUAAUUAAUAAAAAAAAAUCGAUAAUUUUGCCGGCCUUUUGUGCUUAACAGCAUAAACGGAGUGAGCCCUUUUAUCAGUUAUAAAGUCUCUGUCUCGGUGGGUGGAGGCGGGGCAUGUAACAUACACACAGAGUGCAGAAGAGUGUAAAAUGGUAGAAAUUAAAUUAAUUAUUUGCAAUAUAUUGUCAUGUGUU